UGAAAACUGCGCCGCCCCUCUCCCUCCGACCUCAGUCCUUGCGUUUUCUCUGAGAACAUAGCCGGAGACUCCGAGAUGCGCCGUGGUUGCCAGCGCCAAGCGCUGCGCACAACGCAAACUGACCCGGUACAGUCAUGGCUUUUAGACGGAAAGCGAGGAGGAUGCGGUUACUGGGGUGUUAUCGGCUGGGGCUGCUUUGGAAAGCCCUUCUGGUGUUCUUGGCCAUUGUCUUUGCUGGGCAGCUGCUGGGGGUCAUCUUCAGCAAGAGUAUGCAGCCUGAAAGGCCCAAUCCUCUGUUCUCCCUUUCCCCUCUGGACUCUCAGGACUCAUCCCUUGGUUCCUGCCGGCCCCAUACCCACGUCAUGUUCCUGAAGACCCACAAGACAGCCAGCAGCACUGUUCUCAAUAUGCUGUAUCGCUUUGGGGAUGAGAGGAGUCUACGCUUUGCCUUGCCUCUGGGGUACCAGUUUGGCUACCCAUUGCCCUUCAAUGCCCACAGGGUAAAAGGCUACCGGGGACCACACGUUGUGGACUUCAGCAUCAUGGGCAACCACAUGCGCUUCCACAAGCCAGAGGUUGAUAAGGUCAUGCCCAGUGAUACCUUCUAUUUCUCGAUUUUGCGUGACCCAGUGGCCCUGGCAGAGUCCUCAUAUGCGUACUACAAAGCUGUGGCCCCUGCCUUCAAGCGAGCAAAGGGGCUGGCGGAUUUUGCAGAAGACCCCCAGCAGUUCUAUGACCCCCGUCUGCGCAACAACCACUAUGCUCGCAAUCUCCUGUGGUUCGACUUUGGCUUGGACCACAAUGCCAAUUUCUCUGAGUCCCUGGCCCGGAAAGGAGAGUUGGCUGUGCGUCGGGCCUUCAGUCUGAUACUGCUGUCAGAGCACUUUGACCAGUCAAUGGUAUUGCUCCGCCAUGCCCUCUGCUGGCCACUGGAUGCAGUAGUCUCCUUUAGCUUGAAUGCACGGCAGCAGAAGAGCAACAAAGGGAGCUCAAAUGGGGGCUUAGGACUCUCAGAUGAGCAGAGGCGCAAACUCAGAGAGUGGAAUGCACUGGACUGGCACCUCUACCAGGCCUUCAAUCACACCUUCUGGGAGGAGGUGGAGAAAUUUGGGAGGGCAAGGAUGGAGUCGGAGGUGGCCCUCCUGAGGUCUCGGAGGGAUUUGAUGGCACGUGUCUGCCUGCGGGAUGGAGGGCGGCCAGUAGAGGCCAGUCGAAUACGGGACAAGACUAUUCGGCCCUUCCAGAGUGGCCUGGUUAAGAUACUGGGCUAUGAACUGCAGCCAGGGCUGAACAAUGCCACCAACCAGGCUUGUCUGAAAAUGAUCAGGCCUGAGAUCCAGUACAAGGACUUGCUAGAUGCUCGACAGUUCCCCAGAUCCCCUCAGCCUGCAGCUGCUGGUGUAGCCCCCUAUAAAAAGGAGAUGGGUCAUCCCAGAAUGAUGGAGCGUGGUGGUAUGAGGGUGGGGGAGAGGGAGAGAGAAUGGGACAGGAGCUGGGUGAGUCGCAACCAAACCUCAUCAUUAAGCGCCGGGAAGGGGCAACUGAGAUAGCUCUAUCCGAGAGGAUGGGAGUGGCACAUACUGCUCCUGAUUAGUGUGUGCAACUCAUACAAAUGGAGAUUAUGUACAGACACAACUAUGUAGGAGAAAGGCUCACAGGGCAAUAAACACCCCCUACACACACACACACACACACACACACUAUGGGUCUGUGUUCCAUGGUCUUAAGAAUAUCUCUGUGUUAAUAACAUCACACCGUCCCACAGGCAACUCCUAGUUGGGGACGACUGUGGAGUAAAUGGAGAAUGACCAGCAAAAACAGUCCAGGAACCCAUUCUCCCUAGCUACCACCAGCUGCGAUUGGAAGAGACUGAAUAUAGCACUUCAACUGAGGUACAUUCUGCCUUUCAGCCAACAGCUCAAACCUGGAGCUGUGCAGUGUUAAGGUCUAGCGAAAGGAGUGGGGAUAAAUGUGUUAAUCUGCCAGUGAAGAAUGUAGAGCUGGCUGGCACAGUGUUUUCAGUGUGUCUCUGAUUACAUGAACUGCUGUUUAUCAAGGCUGACAUUUAGAAAGAGACAUACAUUCAAAAAUAUGUGCAGCGAGGUACCCUCAUGCCAAACAACUGAAUUAAUGCCUAAAAUGCAUGCUCAUGCUUCUGUGCUUGGCAUUAUAGAAUGCCUGUUGGAGGUCAGCGAGGGAAAAAAAUUAUGCGUUGUCAUCUGCCAGACUAAGGAUGCCACAGCACCCACAAAUCCUUAAAAAAUGGGAUUUGUUGCAAAUGGCACCAGCCACAGGUAACAAUCCUGGUAGCCUUCAUGGCUAUAAAGUUGCAACAUAGGGGGGCAUAGGCAUGUGGGAUUAAAAUCCCUAGUAUGAUUCUCACUGGUUAUAUAACAUCAGCAACUCGUCAUAUUUAACUUGUUAUGGCAUAUAAGCUAUGGCUGAUUUGCUGUCAAGUCCAUGGACAUGGCAGGCUCAAUCAGUCACACACUGUAAUUAAUUAAUUAAUCAUUUAUUUUUUGUUUUACUGUCAUGCACUACAUUUGAAAAGAUUCUGGUCAAACAGGCUUUUUGUGAGAGGCGUAUACACAAGCUCUUGCAAAAAUGCAUUGUCCUGUGAUUGUCCACAUACAGCCCUUUUGACUGGUACCGAUAAAGGAUGAUUACUGUGCCCUUAUCCCAUGACACAGAAUUCUCACAUCUAAAUCAGUAAGUCUCCUAAACCUCUGAAUCUGUGCAAAUGUAUGGUGGUAGUCUAAAUCCUCCAAUGAGGUAGUCAAUCCACUCAUAGUAUUUUUAAAUGGCAGAUGCAGUGAAUUGUGCAUGUAUAGUUUUGACAAACGUGAUGUAUAUUUUGCCUUUUUCCACAUGCAUCUUGGAGUCACCAUUUAACUUAUUUAAGUCAGCAGUUGGGUUUCAUUUCCUGGCUUCGACAGGGCAAACUAGUCUAGAAGUACGAGCUGUGAACUUAAAGCCAGAAAGCUUGCAGGGUUGCUAUUUCUGUUUCCAUUGCUUUUCAUUUCACAGAACCACUCCAAAUUCUGCCCUUCACCAAUUGCAGACAAUUGCGAGAUUGAGAUGCAUAAAAUUUCCUCAGUGGGAUAGUGGACAAUCUACCAAUAUAGAAGGUAACUUUUACCUGUCCUGAGACUUGCCUGUUCAAAUAUGUGCUAAUUUCUAGAAAUAAUCACAGAAGUCAUUGUGUUGAAUGUUCCCACUUAUAUUUGUUGAAAAGGGGACGUUUGCGUGUAAACAUGUUUGAUAGUUUGGUUAACCUGAACACCAACUGAACAGCUGUAGGAACCAGGUGUGAACUUAUAAAUGAACAGCUGUAUUAAUACACUACAUGGUCAAAAGUAUGCUGACAUCGAACAUCUCAUCCAAAAUUAUGGGCAUUAAUAUGUAUUUGGUCCAUUGUUUGCUGCUAUAACAACUUCCACUCUUCUGGAAAGGCUUGAUACUAG